CUCCGUCGAUCGGUCAGUUGCGCCAGCCCGUUUUGCGCAACAAGAAAUCAGGGAAAUCAAGAGGAAAUAAUUAAUACAAAAACAGCAGCAUUAACAUCAACAGCGAUCGACACGAGCAAUGUUAUUUCGAGGGGCAACGGGCUUUGGAUCAGCCCUGAUCUUAACAAGCCUCUGUCUGGGCCUCUGCCGGGGCUACUUCAGUCUGGAGGUGGGUGAUCCUUGUCCGACGUCAAGUUACCGCAGUCGCUGCCAACCGAUCGAGGACUGUGAGACUCUGGCCUCGCAUCUUCAAACCGGUCGCCUCAACAUCAAGACCAUUAUGAACUGCGGCUACACCACUCGCAGCGAGAAGAUCUGUUGUCCCGUCGAGGAUGCCCGGAGUGCGAUGCAAAUAGAUCAGACAACUACUACUACCACCAGCACCACAACCACAACCACGACCACGACCACGACUACUACUCCAGCACCAGAACCAUCGCCUAGCGAGGAUUGGCUGAGCAUAUUCCAGACGGACCGUGAGUAUGUGCAGCGAUCCAUUGGACCCACACACCGGCCGACGAGGGAGAGCCUCGCCUUCCGGGACACAUCCGAUGGGGCAGAGUGCACGGCUCCGUUGUACGAGGGCCAAUGCCUGGCCGUGUCAAAGUGCCCCAGUGUGGAGCCACUCCUGGCCCAGGGGCGUCUCAGGGAUGAGGACUUCACGACGUGUCGCGAGGGAACCCGCGAGGAGAUCAUCUGCUGUCCACUCAACCUGCCCCUUCAGCCGCGCGUCCAGAGUGGUCUGCGUCUGGGGCUGCCGGGCGACUCAUCGGAGGUCACUCGGCGGGUGGAUCCCCAGGAGUUGGCCGCCAUCGCUCGGGCGGAUGAGCUGCUGCCCCGCUAUCGCCACAUGGCCUCGCUGGCCCAUCCGAACGCCGCCUUCGAUGGCCACCUGCACCACUGUGCCGCCAUUGUCCUCACCCCACAGCUCCUGGUCAGCGCCGCCGGCUGCGCGAGACCCAGUCACGCUGUCUUCGGAGUGGCCGAUAUGCGGGACGUUGACGCCGACGAAGACUAUCUGGCGGACAUUGUGCGUCUGGUUCAAUUUCAAAGGGAUCUGUCACUUAUCCGGCUGCAGGAUCCACUGCGUCUGGGGAGUCAGUCCUCCGCCAAUGUGAGCGUAGCUCCCAUUUGCAGCCAGUUCGAGCUGACCCGGCUCCAGGUGAGCGGCAGCCUGGUGGCCGUGGGCUGGGGCAAGGGCGAAGAAAACGACUGCCCGCUGUACGAGAUGCCCAUGCGGUUGCGUCCCACUUCGGCAUGCGGGGACCUGGCCAACUUUGGCGGAGUCCAGGGUCUGGGCAGCUCACACCUUUGCCUGGAGCCGAUGGGCGGUGAUAGCGAGCUGCAGCGAUUCUCCAACAGCAGCACCUGCGCCGCCUGCCCAGGAUCGGUGGGCAGUGUCCUCCAUCUGGUGCGACCGGGCGGAAGUCGCUGUGUCCUGGCGAUUGCCACGCCCACAGGCGCCGAGUGCGAAACCCGAACCAUGUACUUUACGGGUCUACUCAGUCCGCUGUUCAGAAGAUUUGUGGAGAAGGACCAGAAGGAGCAACAGUAGUCAGCUCGUUUAAGCUAGGAGCGUCUAGUAAACCCUGUACUUAUACUAUAGUCGUAGGUAGAACAAAUUAGAUGGCCUAAUCCAAACAAAGUUUGAACGUGAUUUAACAAGCAAGGUCACACUUGUUAAAACAAGUGAUUUUGUCAACGUGGUCACACUAAAAAGGAUCUGAGUGUAAAACUGCAGUAAUGUGACAAACGUUAUAUACCUAAGAUUUUAUCAGAGAACAUUUUUUUUAAACCUCAAUGUAGUCAUAAAAUUAUGUUAAGAAUAAUGUUAACAAAAUGUAUAUUUAUUAUAUAUGUAUCUCAGAGAUUCAAAGAGGGAACACCGCAUUGGGGCAUUUGAAAUAUACCCCAAUGUAGUCAUAAGUUAUGUUAAGAAUAAUAUAAAUAAAAUGUAUAAUUAAAAUA